UUUUAAGCGAAAUCUAAAACCCCAACCCAAAAACCCCAAAUAUAAAAGGAGUCGAGGAGCAACACCCAUCUGCAUCUAGACUCUAGAGUAGUGAGCAGAGAGAGAGUGAGAGGUGUUAGGGCGAAAUUUGGCUAAAAAUGUCGAUGUCGAAGAGCUCGAAGAUGCUCCAGUACAUCAACUACCGCAUGCGCGUCACAAUCCAAGACGGGCGCCAGUUAGUGGGCAAGUUCAUGGCCUUCGAUCGCCACAUGAACCUCGUCUUGGGCGACUGCGAAGAGUUCCGCAAGCUUCCUCCUGCCAAAGGCAAGAGAGCCAACAACAACGAGGAGCGCGAGGACCGCCGCACUCUGGGCCUCGUCCUCCUCCGCGGCGAAGAGGUCAUUUCCAUGACUGUCGAGGGCCCACCUCCUCCCGAAGAGUCCCGUGCAAAGGCUGCUAAUGCUGCCGCCAUGGCCGGACCCGGAAUUGGCCGUGCUGCUGGCCGAGGUAUUCCAACUGCACCCCUAAUUCAGGCUCAGCCAGGCCUCUCCGGUCCUGUCCGUGGAGUUGGUGGGCCUGCGCCUAAUAUGAUGCAGCCUCAGAUGGCGCGGCCGCAGCUCUCAGCGCCUCCAAUGACUUACCCUACACCCCCUGUGAUGCGGCCCCCGGCGUACCCCGGACAGGGUGGUCCUCCUCCUCCUCCUCCUAUGAUGCGGGGGAUGCCUAUGCCACAGGGCCAGGGUCAGGGCCAGUUUGCUGCAGCAAGGCCACAGUUCCAGGUUCCCCCACCGCCGCAUUUUGGUCAGAGGCCAAUGGGGCCACCGCCACCCGGUCAGAUGAUGAGAGGUCCACCGCCGCCACCUGGUCGUCCUGGGAUGCCGCCUGUUCCUGUUUUUGGGCCUCCCCGACCCAGUAUGCCACCUCCACCAAACCCUCAGCAGCAGCAACAACAGCAGUAAUUAGGGAUAUUACAAGUGCUGUGAAGGUUUUCGUUUGGAUAUUCGUCUCUUGCUGCCUUUAAAUCCAGUUUCAAAUUUGUUAAUCCUUUGGACUAGGGCGAAUCUAUUGCUGAUAUCUUUGGAUAGUGUUGAUGUCAUGUUAUGAUUUUAGUGUAGUCUGGCCUCUAUAUUGACGGUUAAGAUGGAUAUUAUGUAUUGUGUUAGUGCAGGUUGUCAAUUGAACAAUUUUGUGACUGGGUAUAUAUUAGAUCUUAUUACCCCCCCCCCCCCCCCCCCCCCCAAUUCUCUCUUUCCCCCUCUCUUGUGCGUGUGAAGUGAUUAGUUGCAUCUUAUAAUGAUGACAAAUAUACAGGUUAAAUUGAUAGCUCAGCGGUAAUGUCAUCUUUGGUUGUGUUUUA